GUCGUGCAUCGCUGUCGCGCCGCGCCGAGCCGCCAGCCCGCCAGCCCGAAACCGCAGCGCACCCCAUAACCUCACACGCACGGCCACAGCGCGACAGCCAGCGACAGCCAGCCAGCACCACCGCGGCGGUGACGACGGCGACCUCCAGGUGCCGCGCAGUGCCUCACAGUGCCGCGCCGCGGGCCUAGUCGACCAGCGAGACGUUUGAACCACCUCGUUCGCCAUGGCGCUUCUAGUCAGCGGUUGGAACGCGUUACACGACACGCUCGACAGAUAUGCAGACAAGCGAUCCACCAACUGGUUCCUCAUGGGGAGCCCCUUCACGACGGCGGCCAUCUGUUUGUCCUACGUGUACAUCGUCAAAGUGCUGGGCCCCCGGCUCAUGGAGAACCGCAAACCCUUCAACCUACGGAAAGUGCUCAUCUACUACAACCUGUUCCAAGUGCUGUUCAGCACGUGGCUGUUCUACGAGAUAGGCAUUUCGGGUUGGUUUACGGGCGAUUAUAGUUUCCGCUGUCAGCCGGUAGAUAUUUCCGACAGUCCGUCUGGCACCAGGAUGGUGCACGCUUCGUGGUGGUACUAUUUCUCCAAGUUCACGGAAUUCUUCGACACGUUCUUCUUCAUCCUCCGCAAGAAGCACAAGAACGUGUCCACCCUGCACGUGAUCCACCACGGCAUCAUGCCCUUCAGCGUCUGGUUCGGCGUCAAGUUCACCCCCGGUGGCCACAGCACUUUCUUCGGCCUGCUCAACACCUUCGUCCACAUCAUCAUGUACACGUACUACCUGCUAGCCGCCCUGGGCCCCCAGGUGCAGAAGUACCUCUGGUGGAAGAAAUACAUCACCGUCCUGCAGAUGGCGCAGUUCGUCGCCAUCAUGGUCCACGCCUUCCAGCUGCUGUUCAUCGACUGCAACUACCCCCGCGCCUUCGUGUGGUGGAUCGGCAUGCACGCCGUCAUGUUCUGGUUCCUCUUCAAGGAGUACUACGACGCCAGCUACAGGAAGCCCCGGGAAGCCGCCCGGCUCAAGGCCGCCAACGCCUUGGCCAACGGCAGCGCGGACGUCAAGGCCUCCAACGGCAGCGCCAAGAACGGGUCGCCCAACGGCGCCGCGCCGACGGCGUCCACCAAGCCCCGCGCCGCCGACUACUACAUCAACGGCGACCUGGCUAGCGACGUCCACUACCGACACACCAACGGCAAGGCCAACGGCACCACCAACGGCACGACGGCGUGAGAGGCGCCCCCGGGGACGUCCAGGGGCACUCGGGCACCGCCACCACCAGCUUGGCGAGGACCAGGACCAGCCCCUGGCGCGCCCUCUGCCACUUGCCCUGGCGCCCGCCCUGGCCGCCACACCCUCCCCUCCCUUGCACUCCUCUCCCCUCCCUCUCCUUUCCCCUAAUUGUAUUUUUAAUCACCACAUUUGCGCCACGACCUGAGAACUAUUUGCUCAUUUGCGACUGUGUGACAGAGCUAUAAUUUUGAAAGGAUGAAAGUAAGUCUCUGUCAAUGUGUGUGUGUGUAUUAUGUGAGAAUGUGUGUACGUAUAUGUGUGUGUGCGCGACGGAUGAAUGCGAGUUAGUGUGAUUGACUGUCUGUGUGAAUGUGAUACAUGUGUUGGUGCGUGUUUAGUAUGGAAACUUGUUUUUGUUUUUCAUUUGCUCACCUUGCGUGCGGAGAGCGCCGUCAGGCUCCAGCCUGGACUGUCAGUCCGCGUUCAAGUUAUUUAUUUGAUAGAGAAUAGCUAAGUGAAUGUGGGGCGGGUGGUUUGUGUGCUCUCAGUUCUCCACAAUGAAUGUGCUCCCCUUGUACGUAAUGUGUUGUCUGUUUUAAUUUCAUUCAGAUUUUUAAAAAUUGCAAGUUGAUUUCUUUCUUUCUGUUUUUUUUUAGAAAUGUAUUGAAUUCUGAUAGAAAAUUUAUUUAAGAUUUUGUAUCUUGUAACAUUGGUUUUGCUACCUUUUAUAGACCUAACUUCAAUCAAUUAUUUAGCUGUAUAUAGUUUUAUCGUAGUUAAGAACCAUGUCUGAGACUGUGUGGAAGUAGGCUAAUAUUUUAAUUCUGAUCAAGCAUCUUUUGUGUGUUUGUUCCUUGAGCCAGUCAUUGUAAUGUCAUAGCCAUCAUUGUCAUUUCUAUCGAAGCAAACUUUUCAAUGACAUGUGGAGAGUUAAUGGAAGCCCUAAACAACGCUGCUUCAACAAUUUCAUCUGUUUGUAAACUGGAGAAUUCUGAGUUACGCUAUGGCCUACGGGUACCUGUAAUUCAAAACCCCGCAACCAAGCGGGGUUUGGAAGAUGUGGAUGAACUGCCUAUAAAACAGUUAACCAUGCGAACCUAAAAGGACUCGCAAUUAGGAUAGUGAGUUCAUUGUGAUAUUUAUCCAUUUCCUCAGACUUGUUUUGUUGCUGGUUGCCCUACUUCACAAGAUCAUUUUUUCGUCAACUAUCAUUCCUUUAUGUGGCAAACUGAUAUCUUAUUUAUUGAACCAAAUUGAACCUUUGUUAUAGAAUCUCCUUACAUUUUUUAUUAUUUGUUGUUUUAUGAAAAAUGUAUGUCGGUCACAGCUUCCUAUCGAAAAGAGAAUCAAUAAAUAUAGAUGUGAGUGUAUUUUGUACUUAAAUGUCCAUUUAAGGGACCAUAACAAUGUAUACAAAUUCCUGUUGUCUUUUUUAUUUUUGUCAUUUGUAAAGAUUUUAAUGAAUUUUAAUGAAUUGCCAUCAGUUGUUAUGUCACUAUUGAGUUGUUCAUCAUUAUAAAUGUUUCCAACUAAAGCAAUAAUAGAAAUGUUACUAAAAACAUA